AGAUUACUCUUCACUCCCGAUUUACCCGCCCAAGUGACGCUUUGCGAAAAGCAACGGGAUCGUCCAGUGAUAUUAUUGAACAAGCUAUUAACCGAUUAAGCUGGGGCAUUGUGCUGCGGGCGCUGCGGACCGGACUACUUACUCUACAAAAGAAGGCACCUCCAGGUAGCUGUCUUCAACAAACAUGGCUUCCAAUAGCAGCAUACCAACGCCAGUGCCGUUCCCACAACCUGAAGGCAUUCGCAACCCAAACCCAUCGAGCCCUGUAGCAGAGUCGCCUUCGACAAACCCACGCGCACGAACCUCCACCGGUGCGUCAUCGAUUUCGAGUAAAAUACGUACCGCGACGGGAAAGUUGAUCGAGGCAAACCCUCCACCUGGCAUGUGGGCAGCCACUGGCACGACCGCAGCCAGAGCACCCUCAAUAUCGGACAUACGGAGAGGUUCUUUUGGAUCCACAGGAUGGUGUGAAGAGACACAACGGAGGAGAGCAGGAUCAAGAACAAGUCAGGGGGAGGACUCUACAAACGUGGAGCUGGCAGAGCGAUCUAGUGCUCAACGGAGAACGUCGUCAGGCAACGUGCUAGACGGCGAGCCUUUCCCUGCCUUGGCCGAGGAGGAUACACGAGAAGCAGCUGGAUAUGAUGGACAGAAGGACAGCUUAACCUCUGGCAUGCGGUCAAACCACAGCUCUGAGACAGUAGGAGAGCACCUCGAUAACGCGCAGCAACCAAAGAGGACAGCUUCAGGACAUUACGCCAACGGCUAUAUACCACCACCCAAGCUGCCAUGGAAACAGUCAUUCGCCAUCGGUUUCCAGGGCUUCUUCAAGUGGUUCUUGACCCCCAGCGGUUUCCUCAUUACUCUCUAUGGUCUAAACGUUGUUGCUUGGGGUGGCAUGCUCUUUCUCCUACUUUGCAACGCUGCGCCAGCCAUGUGUACACCCACCUGUGAUGACAUCAACUCCCCACGGCGAAAGUGGAUAGAAUACGAUUCGCAAAUUCUCAACGCACUCUUCUGCGUCACAGGUUUUGGUCUGGCACCAUGGCGCUUCCGCGACCUAUACUGGUGGGCAUGGUGGAGAAUUGGAGGCGCAAAGCGCACAGAAACAGGCAUCCGACGACUUGCAGGCAUACAUCGAGGAUGGUUCAGACUUCCCGGCUCAGACGAACUACCUGACGAAGCCAAUGCAACUGUCGUCGAUCCCGAAGACCCCGCUGUACCUAUUCCAGUCAAGGCAAUUCCGGACCCACCACCUACUGCAAUCCGUGCCCCACCCACAAAGAGCUGGAAGAUGGAUUUCGUCAUCUGGAUGAAUGUGUGUAAUACAUUUUGUCAGGUUCUUCUCUGCUUCUACAUGUGGCAUUACAAUCGCAUUGACCGACCGUCAUGGGCUACGGGGCUAUUUGUCGCAAUCGGCUGCAUUGUCGCUGCUGCUGCCGGCAUCCUGAUGUGGCACGAAGGCAAGAAUGUCAAGAAAGUCGAAGGUGUGCCUGUGCAGCACUAA